CGCUCCUCGGCGCCGGUCGCCUCUUCCCUGUCAACGGCGCAGAAGCUAAGAUGGCGGCCUUGGCGACCGGCGGGCCGGCCCAACAGCAGCAGAGUGCCUUGGCUACGACGAGUUUCCAAAGGAAAGUGCCGGAUGGAGGAGGAGGAGGAGGAAGAGGCGGCCGCUUGGCCGUUCUGCCGGGCACCCGGCCCUCGGUCCGGCACGGGCAGCUGCUGCUUUCCAGCGGGGUCCCCUCUCUGGAUUAUGUGCUAGGUGGAGGUUUGGCAGUUGGAACCCUUCUUCUUAUUGAGGAAGAUGUAUACGGUAUUUAUUCCAAUCUGUUGUUCAAGCAUUUCCUUUCAGAGGGAAUAGUCUGUGGACAUAAUUUAUUUGUUGCUUCAGAUAAAGAGGAGCCUGCUGAUAUUCUAAAGGAACUUCCCUCACCUUUGCUGAAUACCGCUAUAAAUGAAAUAGAAGAAGAAGCUACAGCUGUGAAGUCCAAACAAGAUUCUCAGGAAUCCAUGAGAAUAGCCUGGCGUUACCAGAACAUACCAAAACUGGAGGUGACCCAAGCAGCCUGUUCAAAAUUUGGACACUACUUUGAUUUAUCAAAAACAAUGGCUCCAGAAUUAAUCCAGAACAUAAAGUGGUAUGGCUUUCCCCUUCUUGAAGAAAAAGCUUUGUAUCCUGAUAUAAAAUCAUGUAAUAUGGCCUGUGGUUAUACCAGACUUCUUCAUUCCAUUCAAAAAGUCAUUCAUCAGCAAGGGUUUGAUGGCUCCACUCCCCAGAAGAAGCAAAGAAACAUUUUGAGGAUUGGAAUUCAGAGCAUUGGUUCCGUACUAUGGGGAGAUGACAUUUGUAGUACUGAAAAUCCACAAAAUAUUCAUAGUCUCACAAAAUUUAUGUAUGCUCUCCGUGGUCUCCUUAGGACAUCUUUGUCUGCCUGCAUUAUUACUAUUCCAGCUCAUCUGAUCCAGAAUAAAGCAAUUAUGGAACGUGUUACAAACUUGUCAGAUACGGUAGUUGGUCUUGAAUCAUUUAUUGGCUCUGAGAGAGAAACCAAUCCAUUAUACAAGGAUUACCAUGGUUUGAUUCACAUACGCCAGAUUCCUCGGCUUAAUAGCUUGAGCUGCGAUGUGUCAGACACGAAGGACCUUGCUUUUAGAUUGAAAAGGAAGCUAUUCAUUAUUGAGGAAAUGAAAGAGCUUUGAGGUUCACAUGAAACAUAAAGGCCACCUUGGAUGUUUCCUUGUUCUAUAACAAGAAACACAUCCUUAUAUGAACAUGACACUCCACAGUUUCCACUUCAGCUCAAGAGCUAGAAGGCAGCAGAUCAAAGGAACCAUUUCUCCCAACAGUGUAUACUCUCACUUUAAAAGGACAAAGGACCAAACCAAAAGACAUUUUAGUUGUGAGUUAUUCCCAUUCAUUUAGAUUGGAUGGAGCAAUAGGUACUUAAGUUAAAGGCACCAAACUACUGUAAAAGAAUUAAAUGGUAGAUAAAAAUUUGCAGGUAUGAAAUAACUUUGAAAUUAGUUAAUUUGAAAUUAAGUGUAACCUUUUUAAAGCAAUAAAGUACCUACAGCAUUUAUUCUUUCAUACCUGCAUGUUCCUUUCGGCAUUACGUAUUUCAUCUACUAGCCAGUUCAGGUUCUUUUUACCUGGUAUGCAGUACUUCACUGAAUUGUUUUGUCAGAUGCUGUCAAGCCAACCUACCAUUGUUAAAGAAAAUCAAACUAAAUCGUUUUGGCAUAAGCCUUCCAGGAAUAAGGCACAGAAUAUGAAAGGUUUGAUGAAAUCAAGGAUUGGGUUUCAAUAUUGUAAAAGGCUGCCUGUCAAAAAUGAAAUGCAUUAUUUCAGAAGUUUUGAAUAAAUAAAUGGUUUUUAAAUACUGACUACACUUCAUCAAAAGUUUUGAAUUACUACUUUUAGACUAUCAUUGCUUUGACCAAAAUAUGUGAAAUUCAGUUCCUUUCCCCUCAUCUCCAUAUUGAUGUGUAGAAACAUUAAGAAUACAAUAGCAUAUGUGCAUUGAAUUUGAAAACCAUAGUAUCAUCACAUAUUGAAAUCUACUAUACAGACUAUCUGUAUUUUCUGACUGAAGCUCUUAACUUGAAGAAUUCUACCAGGCUUGUUUUUUCAAAUCCAUGGCAUACAGCUCUACUUUAAGCUAAUUUCUUUUAUGUUGUUUCUGCUGUGUGUUACUUUCCCCUUGUUUUAACUUGACCUAUGCUACACUGCUACUGCUGUUAUUGUUUUGGCACAAACUGCUUUGGUCACCCUGUAUUAUGACCUUUGUUGGGAGAUCCAGGAAAAAUGUGUCCUUGUUAAUU